AUGAAGACAGAGAGAAACGUAAACGCAUACAGCUCAGACGGCAGAAUAUACCAGUUAGAGUAUGCAAUGAAGGCAGCCUCCCUGGGAACAACCACAAUUGGGGUAAAAGUAGCAGAGGGAGUGAUUGUUGUUUCGGAGAAAAAGAUAGUCACAGCCCUGCAAAUACCAGAGAGCAUAAAAAAACACCAUCUAGUCUACGAGCACUGCGGCUUUGCUUUUUCUGGGCUCAGCGGAGACGCGAGGUCCAUCAUCACCAAGGCAAGAGAAAAUGCGAUUAUGCACAAGUUCCUGUACAAUGAAAGAAUACCAAUUGAGGGAGUGGCGCAGUUCCUGUCUUCGAUCGCGCUGAACUUUUCCGCAGAAAAGACGCAAGAUAAGAUAUUUAGCAGGCCGUUUGGAAUAUCCAUUCUAGUCCCAGGGUUUGACACAGAGCCAAGACUUUUCUCGCUCGAUGCAUCAGGCACGUACAGAGACUACCAGGCCAAGGCCAUAGGAUCAGCAGCAGAAGCAGUGACAGCUGAGCUGGUGAGCUCGUACAGAAAAGAUGAGACAGUUGAAGAAGCCGUUGGAAAUACGCUCAAAUUGUUGAAAUCAGUCAUGAAGGACCCCAUUACAAAGCAAAACUGCGAGGUGAUGGUGUGCAGGAGGGAAGGAGUGAAAUUCCUCAGCACUGCAGAGAUUGAAGAGUACUUAAAUAAAUAA